AUGAAAUUGGUUGAUAUUUUACUUGUACUGAGUGCGGCAGCAACCACUAAUGCAAUAUUGAUCCCGACUGAUAACGAUGGUUCACUCCAAGCAUCAAGUACUUCGAGUCAAGCGUCUGAUCCAACCAAUGAACCUAAUACAGGCACUUCCGAAGACUGGCAAAGUAUAAUUGAUGCAGUUAAUUUAAGCAUUCUUGACGAAGACUGGAAAUACCUAUUUGAUUCGAUUGAUCCAAACACAUCUGACCAAGACUGGCAAAAUACGGUGAAUCAACCCAGUUCAAGCACUUUCAGUAAAGUAUCUGAUACAGCUGAUAAACCCGAUUCAAAUAUUUAUAACCAAGACCAGCAUCAACCAAUUGAUGAACCCAGUCCGAGCACUCCCAAACGAAGUCGAAAACGGCCGAUUGAUGAACACGGUUCAAGCAUUUCCAAACAAAGUCGGAAACAAUCGAUGGAUCAACCCAGUCCGAGUGCUUCCAAACAAAGUCGGAAACAAUCAACUGAUGAACCCGGUCCAGGCAUCACUGACAAAGACUGGCAACGCCUAAUAGAUGAAGUCAAUUCAAACACUUUUGAAGACUGGCAAGAACUGUUUGAUAUAGCUGGUUUAAAUACUCCCAGUCAAGUUCCUGACCCAAUUGAUCAAGUCGGUCCAAACACAUCCGACCAAGACCAACAACAACCAGCUGAUCAACCCAGUUCAAGUAUCCCCGACCAAACUCAGCAACACCUAAUGGAUGCAACUGAUUUAAAUAUUUCCGACAAAGACCAGCAACAGCAGAUUGAUCAGCCCAGUCCAAGUACUCCAAAACGAAGUCGGAAACGACGAAUUGAUCAGACCAGUUCAGGCACUUCAAAACAAAGUCGAAACGGCCAGCUGAUCAGACCAGUUCAGGCACUCCCAAACGAGGUCGGAAACGGCCAAUCGAUCAGACCAUUCCAAGUACUUCCAGUCAAGACCAACAACAACCAAUGA